AUGAGUGCAUUAGCUGUAAAGCUGGGUACCCUGUUGAUAAGACAGGUUACACGUCCGGUUGCAAACGUUUUGAAAGCUCAGGCCAAACAACAUGAUAAAUUCAAAGAGAUUUGCAUUGGGCUGGCACAAAGAAUGCAUCGUUUAGACGCCAGGAUGAGGUCAAAAUUGUCGACUGUAGAUCGAGAAAUCAAAGUACGUCCUCUGAAUGAUGCUCGUGCUGUCGAAAAUGGGUCUACUUUAUUAAGUGAGGCAUUUGUGUUUGGAGUAACGGGCAGCGUCGUAAUAUGGGAGACCUUGAGACAACGGACAAAAGAGCUGAACAGACGGGACCAGGUAGCCAGGGACAUCAGCUUUUUGCAAGACGAGAUUGAGGAGCUUCGAGCGUCACUAGCGCAAACAGGCUCCAGCGGGCCAGCCAAGAGCGAUAAAAUUUCCCAGAAAUAA